CUCCCUCCUUCGGGCUCCUGCUCUGCCCUCUCCGCCCCUCCCCAGAGAAGAGUGUCCAGCUCCACCCAGGGCUGCCCGCCCGCCGCUCCUUUCCUGCCCACCUACUAUGAGGAGCAGCCCCUCCCACCUGCCCAUAAAAGCCAAGUGCAUGUUACCAGCCGAGGAUCAGAGCACUCUCCCGGUCCUCUCCUGUGGGAGCCCCCAGCCUCUCUCCCGGAUCUUACGUGCUCAAGUUGUAAGACUCCAUGCUGCACUCUGGAUGCCAUCUAAUUGCUUACAGACAUACUUGAUAUGGACCAGAAAAAACCUGAUACCAUCAUUAUUCGGGAUUCAAAUUGAAAAGCAGCACUACAGUGAGGCUUCGAAGCUGUUCAGGAAGUGAAGCAGCAUCUAGUAAAGAGACAGAAAUCAGCCCCAGGAGUGCCACAGGAAGGCACAAGAAAGGACACUGGUUCUCGGUUCCUCAGGCCAGCCAAGUCUCAAUGUGAUGGCUGUGCCACCUGGCCCUCUGCAGCUGCUGGGAGUGCUGCUUACCAUUUCCCUGGGCUCCAUCAGGCUCAUUCAGGCUGGUGCUUACUAUGGGAUCAAGCCGCUGCCACCACAAAUUCCUCCUCAGAUCCCACCACAAAUUCCACAAUACCAGCCUCUGGGCCAGCAAGUACCUCACAUGCCUUUGGGCAAAGAUGGCCUUACCAUGGGCAAGGAGCUGCCCCACAUGCAGUAUGGCAAAGAAUAUCCACAUCUACCCCAAUAUAUGAAGGAAAUUCAGCCAGUGCCAAGAAUGGGCAAGGAAGCAGCACCUAAGAAAGGCAAAGAAAUACCAUUAGCAAGUUUACGAGGGGAGCAAGGUCCGCGUGGAGAGCCUGGCCCAAGAGGACCACCUGGGCCCCCUGGCUUACCAGGUCAUGGGAUACCUGGAACCAAAGGAAAGCCAGGGCCACAAGGAUAUCCAGGAAUUGGAAAACCAGGUAUGCCCGGAAUGCCAGGAAAGCCAGGAGCCAUGGGAAUGCCCGGAGCAAAAGGUGAAAUUGGACCCAAAGGGGAGAUUGGGCCGAUGGGGAUCCCAGGACCACAAGGACCUCCAGGGCCCCAUGGACUUCCUGGCAUUGGAAAACCAGGUGGGCCAGGGUUACCAGGGCAACCAGGUGCAAAGGGUGAGCGAGGACCCAAAGGACCACCAGGACCUCCAGGCCUUCAGGGUCCUAAAGGAGAGAAGGGCUUCGGGAUGCCAGGUCUGCCAGGCCUGAAGGGUCCUCCAGGGAUGCAUGGCCCUCCUGGCCCUGUUGGACUUCCAGGAGUCGGCAAACCAGGAGUUACAGGCUUCCCUGGGCCCCAGGGCCCCCUGGGAAAGCCAGGUCCUCCAGGCGAACCUGGUCCACAAGGCCCUAUUGGAGUCCCAGGAGUUCAAGGGCCUCCUGGGAUGCCUGGAGUUGGGAAACCAGGCCAGGAUGGGAUCCCUGGCCAGCCAGGAUUUCCAGGCGGGAAAGGGGAACAAGGACUGCCAGGGCUGCCAGGACCCCCAGGCAUUCCAGGGAUUGGGAAACCUGGCUUCCCAGGACCCAAAGGUGACAAGGGCAUAGGGGGUCUGCCUGGGGCUCUGGGACCAAGAGGGGAGAAAGGACCAGUAGGAGCCCCAGGAAUGGGGGGUCCCCCAGGAGAGCCAGGCCUGCCUGGAAUCCCAGGUCCUAUGGGCCCUCCAGGUGCUAUUGGUUUUCCCGGACCCAAAGGAGAAGGUGGGGUUGUAGGGCCACAGGGGCCACCAGGUCCCAAGGGUGAGCCAGGGCUUCAAGGCUUCCCAGGAAAGCCAGGUUUUCUUGGUGAAGUAGGGCCCCCUGGCAUGAGGGGUUUGCCAGGUCCCAUAGGGCCCAAGGGGGAAGCUGGGCUCAAAGGUUUACCGGGGCUCCCUGGUGCUCCCGGACUGCUUGGACCAAAGGGAGAGCCAGGAAUCCCAGGGGAUCAGGGUUUACAGGGUCCUCCAGGCAUCCCAGGGAUUGCGGGCCCCAGUGGGCCCAUUGGACCACCUGGAAUGCCAGGCCCCAAAGGGGAACCGGGCAUCCCAGGGCCCCCUGGGUUCCCUGGAGUAGGGAAGCCUGGAGUAGCAGGACUUCAUGGCCCCCCAGGGAAGCCUGGUGCCCUUGGUCCUCAAGGGCAGCCGGGCCUUCCAGGGCCCCCAGGCCCUCCAGGACCCCCAGGUCCCCCAGCUGUGAUGCCCCCUACACCACCACCCCAUGGAGAGUAUCUGCCAGACAUGGGGCUGGGAAUUGAUGGAGUGAAACCCCCCCAUGCCUAUGGGGCUAAGAAAGGCAAGAAUGGAGGGCCAGCCUACGAGAUGCCUGCCUUUACAGCUGAGCUGACUGCACCCUUCCCACCUGUGGGGGCCCCGGUGAAGUUUGACAAACUGCUCUAUAAUGGCAGACAGAACUACAACCCACAGACGGGCAUCUUCACCUGCGAGGUCCCUGGGGUCUACUACUUUGCAUACCAUGUUCACUGCAAGGGGGGCAACGUGUGGGUUGCUCUGUUCAAGAACAAUGAGCCCAUGAUGUACACGUAUGAUGAGUACAAAAAGGGCUUUCUGGACCAGGCAUCUGGAAGUGCGGUGCUGCUGCUCAGGCCCGGAGACCGAGUGUUCCUCCAGAUGCCCUCAGAACAGGCCGCAGGACUGUAUGCUGGGCAGUACGUCCAUUCCUCCUUUUCAGGAUAUUUAUUGUAUCCCAUGUAAAAAAGAAAAGAAAGAGAGAUUUAAUAGAAGAAAAGAAAAUGAUGCACCGAAAAAAUCCAAAUGAAAAAUGUAAUUGCUUCAAAACAUUUAUAUAGUUGGAAAGUUAUAUUUCAGUGAAAAUUUGAACCAUCGUGUACAAAUAAAAACUAAGAUGCAUGUUUAAUGCUCUGCACAGCAGCCUAUAAUUGAAAAUGAUGGGAUAGAUUUAUGUAUCAAGUACUGACACUUGUGUUGUACCCACUGGAAUCAUAUUAGCUGUUGUAUUGUUAUAUGCUUCCAUAACCUGCUUAUUCAGAUCAUUCAGAAUAUUUCAGUAUGAAAGAUCAUAGCUAAUGAAAGUCAUUUGCUCAUAUUGUUUAAAGAUUUAUCAAUAUGGCUUAAAGAAAUGUCAUUGAUAACAAUUA